AGUCUCGCUACCGUCUUGUUCUUCUUGAACAGAUAUUUCUCGAUGUUCGAGAUAUUCUCGGUGGCCAUGAUAUCAUUCAACCCUGCCUGGUUUAACGCGGUCUGCACGCGCUUCGUCAAGUUUCAAGGCGCCGGCUCUUCGGUAGCUGUCGGGAUCGGCGAAGCGUUGAUGAUUCUUCGCGUCCACGCAAUCUAUCAGAAUCGGCUCGUGGCGAUCGUUCUUUCGCUCUGUCUGGCUGGUCAGAUCAUCCUGCAGAGCGUCGUGGUGUCGCAGGGAUCCGCUCUCUUCGAGCCGACAGGUGGGUGCGUUCUGGUAACGAAGACCUCAGUCUACUGGAUCGCACCGCUCGUCACGGAAUGCCUGAUCUUUAUUCUGACGAUGUGGCGACUGCGCUUCUACUUCAGCGGAGGGGCAUCUAUGCCUGCUAUGAGAUUAUUCCUCCGGGACGGAGUCGCUUACUUCCUCGUGGUUUUCACGGCGAAUCUGAUCAACGCCAUCGUUUUCCUCACGGCGCAGCCAUCACGCAAGGAGAUAUUCGCCGCCGUGAGCCAGGUAGUGACAUCCAUAACUGUUUCGAGAUUAUACUUGAAUCUGAAGGGCUUCUACUCUCCGCCCCAAGAUGUACCAGACGUCUCUCAGGCGACCGAAAGCGGCCCCAUCACCUUUGGGCGACACUCGGAGAAGCAAAACGGACAGGAUCCGCGAGAUUGGCAAACGUUCAACGACUAUUAUGAUCCGUAUGCGGCCAACGUCGGUAUCGCGUCGGAUCCUGGCGAAAUUCCACUCACAAUCAUGCGGCAUACCCGCUGUUCGCAUGAUCCCGAAUCUGACUCCCCACAUACGGGCUGCGUAGUUUGAGCCCGCCGCUAUCGCCGUCGAUCGUUUCGGUGACAGCAUCACCGUAAACUCCUGGCAGACACGAUGGGAGCGCCAUGGACCGCCAACCAGGUCUUGAACAUGAUUGUUGCUUGCACGUUGCUUGGAUGUGUUUCAAGUCUCAAAACAGCUCCACGUCACGAGUGAACAACAACGCAGUGUCUCCGAAUUCUGUUCCGCUUCCAGCGUGCCCGCGCUGAUGUUCGGGAAACCGGUGCUGGACACGAUGCCGUCCUUCGGCACCUCCACUGAGGACGUGCCCCCUUCGCCGGACGACUUCGCUGUA